AGACAUUUUGAGGGAUUUCCAAUGCGGAUGUGCUUCAUCUUGUCAUUUUUCGUAAUGGUUAUCGCUCAAGAUGGCGAAGGCUUGGCUCCCUGCCCAAGUGACUAUAAAGACGGAGACAAUGGACAAAGUUGUUACAAGCUGUACACUAAUCGUUCCACAUACGAAGAUGCUUCAAAACAAUGUCAGCGAGAUGGUGGCAGAGUUGUGCUGAUUGAAGAUGAACAGAGCAACAAUUUUAUCAUGCGAAUGGCGAAAGCAGACCUUAUGAUCUGGAUAGGACUGAGAUGUACUCAACCGUAUGCAAGUGCCUGUUUGUGGUACGGCUCUUUGCGAGCUCCUUAUAUGUACACAAACUUCUUUCAAGGAAAUCCGAACGAUAUUGAUGAAUGUGUCCUAAUGAUGAUUGGUGCGGUAGCCAAUGGAGAGUGGGUUAGUGCUGAUUGCGACAUGAAAAGUAGCUUCAUCUGCCAAGUAACCAGAAAGAAGCUCUGCGGCGAUUACAGUGAAUACAAAAAAGGUCGAAAAUGUUACAAACAGAUGAACCAGAAUUUUUCAUUGGAAGAAGCUGAACAGCAUUGUCAGAAAGAUUGUGGGCAUCUUGCCUCCAUACAUAAUCUUGAGGAGAACUGGCUCUUCUAUCAACUGAUGAAAGGCCAUAGCUACGCACGCUUGGGUUUGAAGUUUGACAAUGACGAGUUUUCGUGGACAGACAAAACAACUUUUGAUUACAACAAUUUCGCAAGAGGUGCAUGUUACAAUAGAACAUCAGUUUCUAAGCUCUCAUCUCCAACAAUGGCACCUACCACAUGUGAUGAGACUCUAAUUUUUGAGCAAAACGGCACAAUUUACUCGCCUGGCAAAUUUGUCCGGAUUCGCUUUCCGCAUCUCAACAUCCAUCCUGAUAGCUCAAUUAAUCUGUACAACACUGUUAUCGACACUCUCCCAUUUUAUCAGGUAUCGUUCCGUACUCCACCGACAAUGUAUUUUCGAUCAUCUACGAAUGUGCUGAAAAUGGUCUUUGUACCACCACCAAACCCAGAGAAUAACUGGCGAAAUGAUUUUCCAAGUGUAUGGAGGGCGGAGUUUUCAUAAAACGAUGAUGUAGCUACCCUAAUGUAGCUCAACUCACAAGGGAAGUUUGCUUGGUCAACGUGGCGAUUCGGAAGAGGAUGUGUACCGAUUCAUAGAGUUUCGAUGGCUGAUGUCAUAUAUAUUUUCUCAUAUUUGCGAUGCGCUCUUCUCAAAAAAAGUAUGAGC